CGAUGGAGCGAACGAGACCUCGUCCACGCUCGCGUGAAUGAGUCUCCGUCCCUGAAGCCUGAGCUCUAGUCCCGGCAUGUCCGAGGAGGACGUGGCCGUCGCGAGGAACCGCACGGACCCGGGACACGUGGGGCGCGCUCUGGGCUCGAGCGCGCGACCCGCCUGGGCCAUCGCCGUGCUGGCCAGCGUGCUCAUCUUCACCACCGUGGUGGACGUGCUGGGCAACCUGCUGGUCAUCAUCUCCGUGUUCCGCAACCGCAAACUGAGGAACGCAGGGAAUGUCUUUGUGGUUAGCCUGGCCUUUGCUGAUCUGGUGGUGGCGUUCUAUCCAUACCCGCUGGUCCUGUACGCACUUUUCCACGACGGCUGGUCCCUGGGCGACACGCAGUGCAAGGUGAGCGGCUUCCUCAUGGGCCUGAGCGUGAUCGGCUCGGUCUUCAACAUCACGGGCAUCGCCAUCAACCGCUACUGCUACAUCUGCCACAGCUUCGCCUACGGGCGGCUCUACAGCUUCCGCAACACGUUGCUGCUGGUGGCCCUUAUCUGGAUGCUUACAGUGCUGGCCAUCCUGCCCAACUUCUUUGUGGGCUCGCUGAGCUACGACUCGCGCGUCUACUCGUGCACCUUCACUCAGACAGCCAGCAGCUCGUACACGGUGGCCGUGGUGGUGGUGCACUUCCUAGUGCCGAUCACCGUGGUGACCUUCUGCUACCUGCGCAUCUGGGUGCUGGUCAUCCAGGUGCGACGGAAGGUGAAGAGCGAGGAGCGCUCCAGGGUGCGGCCCAGCGACCUGCGCAACUUCAUCACCAUGUUUGUGGUGUUCGUGCUGUUCGCCAUCUGCUGGGCGCCGCUGAACUUGAUCGGCCUGGUGGUGGCCAUCAACCCCGAGGUGAUGGCGCCGCAGAUACCCGAGUGGCUGUUCGUGGUCAGCUAUUUCAUGGCCUACUUCAACAGCUGCCUCAACGCCAUCAUCUACGGACUGCUCAACAGAAACUUUCGCAAAGAGUACAAGCGCAUCGUCACGUCCAUGUGGAUGCCUCGGCUGUUCGUGACCGAAACGUCCAGAGCGGCCACAGACGGCAUGCGCAGCAAACCCUCACCAGCCAUCAACAACAACGAGUGACUUACGUGCUCGGCCAAUCACUGUUCCCUUUCUUUCUUUCGCCUCAAAUGGGGGGUGGGAGGGGGUCUCGUGGGAAGUGUGGUCUGGGCCAAAAGGCCACUCCAAGUACUACUUUUUAACGAGAGCAUCAGCACUUGACAUUUGUGACUUUGAUCAUGUCUUUACACACGGCUCAGGGUGCCUGUCUCCAUUUCAAAGCACUGUUAUUUAUUUCAUCAUUUAUACUGAAGCCAUGUAUAUUCUACAGGGGUAUCCUUUAACAUCAUUUCCACCGGAUCCAUCAGAUCAUUCCGUGUCUCGUAUUUAUUAAAAAUGUUUUUUGGUAAAUUUUUGUGCAAGUAUUGAAUAGUGUUUUAUUCGCAAA